AUGCCGGGGGUCACUCUCACUGUUCACAAUGACAACCCACCAUUUGCCGACCACAGGGACUUAUACAAGACUAUUGACGCUACACCGCUAGGCGACGUUGCCUGGCAAAGCUUUUCUCUCCAGUAUAAUGGCGACAAACCUGCUGGACAGUGUCCACUAUGGAUGGAACAGUCCCACAAAGUAUGGUUUCAGGACCCCCACACUGUCAUCAAGAACAUGCUUGCAAACCCGGACUUCAAGAAUUCAAUUGAUUAUGUGCCGUACUGGGAGUUUGAGGAGAAGAGCGAGCAAUGUUGUUACAAGGAUUUCAUGUCAGGAGACUGGUCCUGGCAGCAAGUGGACCAAAUUGCGCAGGAUCCGGAAAUGCAUGGCGCAGCCUUUGUCCCCAUCAUUGUUGGUAGCAACAAGAUGACUGUUUCCAUUGCUACCGGCCAAAAUGACUACUACCCACUGUAUCUCUCAAUCGGAAACAUUCACAACAAUGUUCGGUGUUCUCAUCACAAUGUGUUGGCCCUGAUUGGGCUUUUGGCAAUUCCAAAGACUGAAAAAAAGAAUGCAGAUGAUGCAAGAUACCGCAAAUUCAAGAAGCAAUUAUUCCACUCCUCACUGUCGAAGAUCUUCACCACCCUCAAACCUGGAAUGACGACACCUGAAGUCACACGUUGCGGCAAUGGGCACUACCGGCGCAUUUUAUAUGGACUUGGUCCCUACAUCACCGACUAUGAAGAGCAGGUCGUAUUAGCUUGUAUAGUCAAAGAUUGGUGUGGAAGAUGCCUUGCAUUUCCCUCAACUCUCGAUGACGGAGGAGUUUCUUGGUCACGUGAACACACUGAUGUGCUCAUGGACUCAGUUGAUUUUGGUGUCCUUUGGGACAAGUACAGUAUCAUUGGAGAGUUAGUGCCCUUUACAAACGACUUUCCUCGCACUGACAUCCAUGAGCUCCUUGCUCCCGAUAUUCUGCAUCAACUCAUCAAAGGAACAUUCAAGGAUCACCUCAUUGAAUGGGUGUGUCAGUACCUGGAACUCGAACAUGGGAAAACUGGGGCUAAGGCGAUCUUAGACGACAUUGACCAAAGAAUUGCUGCUGCUCCGUCCUUCCCUGGGCGUGGAUUCUCUCAAUGGACCGGAAAUGACUCCAAGGCAUUGAUGAAGGUUUACAUACCAGCAAUCAAAGGCCACGUGCCUGACAAUAUGUUCUGCUACAUUGCAUGCGCAAAUGUGGUUACAGAUGAGACUCUUGCGCAGCUGAGGGACACCCUUAGGUGCUUUCAUAGGUAUUGCACCAUCUUUGAGACUAGCGGUGUCCGCUUUGACAUCUCCCUACCCUGCCAACACUCUCUCACCCACUAUGAGCUCCUCAUCCGCAUGUUCAGCACUCCAAACAGUCUCUGCUUGUCAAUUACAGAAUCCAAACACAUCAAAGCAGUAAAGGAACCAUGGCGCCGUUCAAAUAGGUAUAAUGCGCUCCGUCAAAUGCUCUUAACCAAUCAGCGCCUGGAUAAAACUGCUGCAUCAAGAGUUGAUUUUGCUGCGCAUGGUAUGCUCAAAGGCUCUUGCGCCUUUAUUGAAAAUCAGUCUGCUAUCAGCAAUGGGGACUCCGAGGUCCAACAGAACAACGCGCACGAAGAAAAUAACCCUUUUGCCAGUGAGAGUGACGACUUCGACGAUGUUGAGGAUCAGGGUAUUGUAGAUGAUGUCAAUGUCAUUGCUGUUGUGCAUGGCCUUGCGGACGAACUCAAGGUGCCAUCACUCCCAACCGUCAUCCGUCUCUUCCUUUAUGAUCAAAUACACGCCGAUGAUCACCAUUCUUCUGCGGAUGUUCCGCUUCGCGAUUGUCCAUACUAUAUGGGAGCUAUCAAGGUCUUUAAUUCAGCUGCUGCAACUUUCAUUGCACCCAGUGAUCCAAGUGGAAUCACUGGCAUGCGCUGUGAGCAUAUCUGUGUUGUACCUUUGUGGCGCAACGGACCAGGCCGCUGUGACUGUGCCUUCGUCAACACAGACAACAGGCAGGAUGGAAUACUAAGCAUGGAUUGGUUCUAUCGGAUCACUGAAGAACGAGACAAAGUUACAGGAAUGUACAUGGUUGUGCCAUCUUUUGACGAGGACAGCUCUCCCAACAUGUCAAUAAUCCAUAUUGAUAGUAUUGUUCGCGGUGCUCACUUGCUUCCGAUAUUCAGUACUCAGUUUGUUCCACGGGGCCUUCAAUUCCACCAUUUUCUUGAUGUUUUUCGAGGAUUUUACAUAAAUCAGUUCAUUGAUCACCAUUCAUUCGAGCUCGCAUCUUGA